UGUUAGGCAAUAUUGAACUUGUCAUUGCAUUGCAAUCAUGUUUGCUGGAUUUAGUGGAACUUUCACCGUUCGCAUCAAGGGAGCUGACAAGUUGGAACCAACUGCUUUUAUUAAACGGUUACCGGGAAUAUCUGUUACAACACUUGACCCCUAUGUUGAAGUAAGCGUAGAUGAUAAAGUGAUCGGAAAAACCAGCACAAAACCAAAAACCCUUUCACCAGAAUGGACUGAAGAAGAAUUUAGAGAACAGGUACAUGAGGCCCAAAUGCUAACCUUUCGUGUAUUCCAUUAUGCUGUGCCAGAGGAUGAUUUUGUUGCAGAUGCCCAAGUUAGCUUUGAACAAUUGCUAACUGCAAAUUCGGAUGUUGUUGGAUUCAAUGACAUUCAGAUUCCUAUGGAACCAGCUGGAAUGUUGAACUUUUCCUUCAAAAUGCAAGAAGGUAAAAAUCGGCAUAUCCCCGUUCGACAAUUCAAAGAAAGAACUCAAAAACAGGGACGAAGGAAUGCUGUACGGCGGAGAAUUCAUCGCAUCAACGGGCACAAGUUUUUAGCUACUUAUUUAAAGCAACCAACAUUUUGUUCCCAUUGUCGAGAUUUCAUUUGGGGUCUGGUCGGGAAGCAAGGUUAUCAAUGUCAGGUGUGUACCUGCGUCGUUCACAAAAGAUGUCAUCAACAUGUUUUAACAAAAUGUCCCGGAUGCAAGACAGACGCAAUUAACGAAUCAGUGCAUGGGCGAAUGAAUUUUGGAAUCCCACACAAGUUUCGAGUCCACUCAUACACGUUUUUUACUUUCUGUGAUCACUGCGGCUCCUUGCUAUAUGGAUUAUUUGCUCAGGGAAUGCAAUGUAAAGCUUGCAAAAUGAAUGUUCACAAAAGGUGUUCUGGGAAUGUAUCAAAAUCUUGCGGUAUCAACGAAAAACAAAUCGCAGACAUAUUGAAAGAUAUCGGUAAACUUGAAAUAGACAAAGGAAGCACUAGAGGAAAUAAAAAACACAAACCACUGACUUCAAGCAUUAGUCUCCCUCCUAAUCAAGAAGCUGCUCGAACAAAAACGCAAACUGCAUCAAACGGUGAUUUAAGUUCGGGAAAUUCAAGAAAACAUCAAGUUCAACUUUCUGAUUUUUCUUUUAUAAAAGUCCUCGGAAAAGGAAGUUUUGGCAAGGUUAUGUUAGCGGAGCAUAAACAAUCAAAAGAAGUUUUUGCAGCGAAAGUUCUCAAGAAAGACGUUAUUACUGCUGAUGAUGAUGUUGAAUGUACACUCACUGAACAAAGAGUUCUUAGAUUGGAACAUCCUUUUCUAACAUCAUUGCAUUCAUGUUUUCAAACAAAAGAUCGAUUAUUCUUUAUUAUGGAAUAUGUGAAUGGUGGAGACCUGAUGUUUCAAAUACAAAAAUCAAGAAAAUUCAGUGAAUCGCGAUCUCGAUUUUAUGCAGCCGAAGUCAUUCUUGCUCUCAUGUUUUUACAUAAAAAUGGUGUUAUUUAUCGUGACUUGAAGUUGGAUAAUAUUCUGCUGGAUCAGAAUGGUCAUUGCAAGCUUGCUGAUUUUGGAAUGUGUAAGGAAGGUAUUAACCAAGGAAGACUAGCUACUACUUUUUGUGGAACUCCUGAUUAUAUCGCACCAGAGAUAUUACAAGAGCUGGAUUAUGGGCCAUCUGUAGACUGGUGGGCACUCGGCGUAUUGAUGUAUGAAAUGAUGGCUGGGCAGCCACCGUUUGAAGCUGACAAUGAAGAUGAUUUAUUUGAAUCUAUUAUGAACGAUGACGUUUUAUAUCCUGUUUGGUUAACAAAGAAUGCAGUUAAUCUUUUAGAAGGGUUUAUGACAAAAAAUCCAUCAAAAAGGCUUGGUUGUGGAAUGGUUGGUGAAGAAGGUAUAAAAGAUCAACCAUUUUUUAAAGAUAUGAAUUGGACAGCUCUUGAACAGAGAAAAGUAGAUCCUCCAUUCAAACCAGAAGUGAAAAAUGCUCGUGACGUCAGUAAUUUUGAUCCCGAUUUUACAAGAGAAGAACCCAGAUUGACACCUAUAGCUCAUCAGUCUCUUGCCACUGUCAAUCAAGCGGAUUUUCAAAACUUCUCAUUUGUCAAUGAACGCUACAAGGAAAUCCAUGUUGCUGAGGGAAACGGAGCAUCAACCACUUCGAAAGAUUCUCUUCUCGCACCUCCUCAAAAGAGGACCAUCUCGUCGUCAUCAUCACCUCUUCCAACAUCUUCCUCGGCACAUCUCAUCUCUACUGAACUUUGAUUAACCGAAACAUUAUAACAACCAUGCAUUACAUGUUUGAAAUCAUUGCAUUGUAUCACUGAUAUAAUUAUGUUAAAAAAAUGUGAAAUGUUCAAUAAAUAUUGAUGUAAUCUUUUUCUUGAAUAUGUGUGGUCUUGUCGUCCUUGCUUUUAAAUAUCAAACCUAAACUAUAAGUAAUAGUUCAUCUUGAAAUGGUAUCACCAUAAUGUCUCCUACAUCCUACAUCCAGAAACCAAAUAUUUAAAUUUAAGAUCUGAUCAAUUUUGCUAUUGACCUUGCAAUGAAGUGGUAACUCUUCUGAUCUAAUUUGAAAAAAUUUCUUGAAUAAUAAUUUUUAUUAUUCGAAUAACUAACAUUGUUGAAAUGUGUAAUAAAAACAUAGUUCAUUCGAGGAAAUUUUUUACAAUUUUCAGAUAUGUUUAAUUUAUGAUUUACUCACUUGCAAUAAUGUUUUUCUUGUUCAAGAUUAAUUUGCCCACCAAGAAAAGCGUUUGGUUGUUGUACAUGUGUAAUAAGAGUCAAUAAUAUAUGGAUUUUCAAUAUAAUAAGAAUUAGUAAAACUGCCGAAUUUGUGAUGUGUCAUUGUAAGAAUUCUACUUUAUAUUAAUUUUUUUCUGUUCACAUAUUGCUUAUGAUUUUAUUUUGUGUGUAAGAUGUUUUAUUAAUCACCGAGUAUAUUAUCAAGUUACUGCUAUUUCGUUUUGCAAUUUUGUACUUUUUUAUUUAGUUUUAUGAUUAAUAUUGUUUAUAAAUGUCUUUAAAUUUGUUUAGUACUGUCAGAUACUUGGUGGAAGCUCGUUUUAAAUAUUUCCUAUGGUUAUUGUAAACCAUUAACUUGAUUUAAUCCAAGAUACUGCUUGCAAGAUAUUAAAAAAAAAUUCUUAUUGUGGAAAAUUUAGUGAACAUUUGUUUGACGAAUGUCAUAGUCAAUUUUAUUGGUGUAAAGUCCAAUUAUUUCUUGUUGCAUUAAACAGAUUGUUCAAAGUGAUCAGUGAUUUUCAUGUUCAAGAUUGUUGUUACACAAAUAAUGUUUUUAGUAUUGUGGGAGUUUUUCGUACUAUAUGCAUGAUUUCAAUUUUGAAUAGGUAAUUCAAAUUGAUUCUGCAGUGAAAUCAUGAUAUUUGAAUACUAAUAUUACUAAGAAAAGAAUGUUUGACUUGCGAAUUCUUCUGAAUGCUGGAUUCCCACCCACUCCACAAUCAUUUUUUCGUUGUUGUUUUUGAUUUGUUGUGAGAUUCGACAAUUAACAAAACCUAACAAUCACAAUCAAUGUUACACGAUUGUUUUAUUAAUAUUGUUCUCGGCCCUAUUUAUGUUUGAAAUGUGACGGUAAAUUCAUACUGUUUUCUGUGGUGAAUAACGUGUGUGUUAACUUUCCGUGUAAUAUAAAGAAUAUUAUAUACCAGUACUCUAAACAUUAGCAAUGCUUCUUAUAAAAUACCAUAUCUUUUUUAUGUGAAAUUUUUAUUGGAAUGGGGAUUUUCAAGAAGAAUGCAUGAAAAAAGCAACUUUUUUUAAAAGUUUGCUUAGAUGCAUAUUUUUAUGAAUGGCACCAUAAUAGCGAAUUAAAAAUACCCUGAUUUCUAAUCCAUAUUCUCAGCCCAUUCGAUCAAAAUCACUGCAUAAAAGAAUGAAGGUCAUUCCCUCCUGAGUUCUAGUGAUUCUAAGUUUAUUAUGCUUCACAAGAUCUGUAAGAUAUCAUCAAGUGAAAAUUAUAUACAAUAAAUCUCCUCUGUUUGGGCUGGUCAAUUGACAAACAAGAGCUCACAUAAAUAGCUAUAUCCCAUUACUGUAAAGCAAGGCAAUAUAUAGUCUUACAAAUUACAAUCUUCACAAAAGUCAUAUUUUUCAGCCGGUUCUGUUACAAACAGAACAUUGACGGUAACCAGUAAUGCUCACCGGUUCGCUGAUCUCAUAAAAU